AUGGUCCAGAGCACAUCUGGAGCUCAGUUUGAUGUGUUCUUGAGUUUUCGAGGACCGGAUACUCGAGCUAACUUCACAGAUUCCCUCUAUCAUGCCCUGCUAGAUAAGGGUAUCCAUGUUUUCAUAGACAAAAAGGGGAUCGACGUCGGUGAAGAGAUUGGCACUGAGAUUUUCCAGGCCAUCAAUGACUCAAAAAUCUGCAUUCCCAUCUUCUCCAAAGGCUAUGCCUCCAGUAGCUGGUGCCUGCGUGAGCUGCAAUACAUGAUGGAGCGUAGGAAAACCAAUGAACUAGAGGUCAUGCCCAUUUUCUAUGAUGUGGAACCUUCUGAUGUGAAGCUUGAAAGUAGGGUGUAUAGGGAUGCAUUAACUCUGCAUGAAAAAAAACAUGGGGCUGAGAUUGUGCAACGCUGGGCGGAGGCACUCAAGGAGGUCACUGGAAUCAAGGGAUGGGACACCAAGAACAGAGGCCAUGGAGAACUCACACGAUUAAUAGCUCGUAAAGUUUUGGUUAAGCUUAAAGUGUCUCCGGUACAUAUGUCCGAUCAUUUGGUUGGGAUCAACCAAUCAAUGGAUGAAAUAAUAAAUUUGUUGAGUGUUGAAUCUAAGGACAUAAGGCUCAUUGGAAUAUGUGGAAUAGGUGGUAUAGGCAAGACAACUCUUGCAAAGGUCAUUUACCACAAACUGUCCACUAAUUUUGAAAGUUGUAGCUUUAUCCCAGAUAUUCGACAAGCAUCGGAAAGUUCAAGUUCUGGUCUUCUAAAUGUGCAAAGGAGACUAGUGCAUGAUACCCUUGGGGACAAAAGAAUUGAGGUUUGCAGCAUCGAUCAAGGGAUAAAUAUUAUCAAAGAACGAUUUAGUAGAAAGAAAGUCCUUAUUUUCCUUGAUGAUUUGAAUCAUAGGAGCCAACUGUCAACACUAGCAGCAAAGAGAGAAUGGUUUGGUCUAGGAAGUAGAAUUGUGGUUACAACAAGAGAUAAAAGUGUUUUGUCUGUAUUUGAGAAUAGUUUGACUUAUGAAGUUGAAGGGUUGAAUAGUCAAGAUUCGUUACAACUUUUUAGUAAGCAUGCAUUUAGAAUCAACUAUCCUCCAAGUGACUUUCUAAGUCUAGCUAAGAAUGUUACUGCAAAAACCGGUGGACUUCCUUUGGCAAUUGAAGUGAUGGGUUCAUUUUUAUACCAAAAAAGAAAAGCAGCGUGGGAAGAUACACUAAAAAAGAUGGAAAGCCAUCUUCAUGAAGAUGUGGAAAAAAAGUUAAUGUUGAGUUAUGAGGCUCUAGAUGAAGAGCAAAAGCAAAUAUUUCUCGAUAUUGCCUGUUUUCUAACCGGAAAGGAUAAGAGAGAUGCAAUCUAUAUGUGGGAGAACUAUGAAUUGUUUCCAGAUGAGGGGAUUGAUGUCCUACUUCUGAUGUCCUUAAUAAAAAUUGGAGUAAAGAAUGAGUUUUGGAUGCAUGACCAGCUUAAAGACUUAGGUAGGGGCAUCGUACGUGCUGAAAAUCACAAAGAUCCAGGAAAGCGUUCUCGUGUGUGGAACUGUGAAGAAGCAUUGGAUAUGAUCAUCAGAAAGAAGGGAACUGAGGCCGUUGAAGCGAUCUGUCUGAACGUUGACGGAGUUCUUUUUACACCAGAAGAGUUUAUGAAAAUGCCAAAUAUACGAUUUCUUGGAAUGACGAGCGGAAACUUCUCUGGAGACUUUGAGGGUCUCUUUCCAGAACUAAGAUGGCUUUCUUGGAAGAAUUGUCCUUUAUAUUUGCAUGCAACCAACUUUUGCCCCAAAAAUCUACUCGUCCUUGACCUAUCACGGACCCAAAUAACAGAAGGUUGGAACGGUUGGACUCAACUUAAGGUAGCUAUGAAAUUGAAGGUCCUUAAUUUGUCAAAUUGCCUCGGUUUAAGCACAACUCCUGACCUCUCUGCAUAUUCAUCUUUGGAAAUAUUAAUUCUAGUGGGGUGUGAGAAUUUGCUACAAAUUGAUCGAUCCAUCGGUCGUCUAAAAUGUCUGAAGCACUUGGAUCUAAAUGUAUGUCAUCGGCUCCAAAUGCUGCCUGUUGAAUUAGGUUCUCUAGAAGCUUUGACCAAGUUGCUCAUAGGUAACCAUGCUAUUUAUGGACGCAUUAGUCAAGUCCCAAGCUCAAUCGGAGCACUGGUGAAUCUUGAGUGCUUGUCCAUAUGUGGAGCCAAAAAGCUAACAACACUUCCUGACUCGAUUGGAAUGCUGAAAUCUUUAGCUGAGUUGGAUGUCUCAAGCACGGGCAUUGUAGAGUUUCCAAGUACCAUUAUCAAUCUAAAGAGCUUGAAAGUGUUGAGGAUAAACUCAUGUCACAUGCAAAAGCUACCUGAGUCAAUUGGGAUGUUGGAGAAACUUGAAGAAAUUUAUGGAGAGUGUUGCACGCAACUAAAGAUGAUUCCUAGGGAUAUCGGGAGAUUACCUUUCUUGAAGAUUUUGAUGUUAACAUACACUCUUGUGGAUAAUGUACCAAAACUUCCCCAGAGUUUGGUAAAUCUAUAUUUGUCCUCAAGAACUUCAGAAAAAACUCCAGAGAUCUCCAACCUUGUGGGAUUAAGGAAUCUGAAAUUAGGUUUUCCCACCACACCCCCCAUCACUCGCACUAUUCCCCAAAAACCUCCAGACAUCUCCAACCCAUGUUGUAUGUUGAAUCUUUCGAGUAUCACCAACGUAAGCUCAUAUUUGGGUUUCCUUUGCUGUCUAAAAGAAGUUGAACUCAUAAACUGCAAUAAGCUGCGACAGAUUGGACAGCUUCCCUCUAGUAUGAGGAAACUCGUAGUUCGGAUCUGUGAGAACCUACACCAGAUUGGACAGGUUCCCUCUAGCUUGAGGGAACUUACAGUUCGCAAUUGCAAUCUUCUUGAAGCUGUUGACUUUUCCAAUUUGGAGAAUCUGCAGCUCUUGUAUAUUACUGAGUGUCGCUCCCUUCAGACAUUGCUCAACUUCUCUGACUUGAAAAAUCUUAAGGAUUGUAAGUUAUGGUACAGUCCGAAACUGGUUGACGUUCAAGGUCUUGACAGACUGGAAUCUCUAGAAAUUCUUUGGAUCGAAGGCUGUAGAUCCUGGGGAAGUUUACCUGAUUUGUCCAACUUGAAGAACUUGAAGGAGUCUAAUUUUCGAUAUAACGGUUUUCGUAGUCCCUAUAGAAAAGAUUAUCCUUUCCAACUUUAA